AUGAGUCUGUCCGACCACAAAGACACCAUCCAAAGGCUCUACGUCGACGAGGACCUAACUCUUGACGAGCUGAUGGACUCCAUGGAAAGGGAUUUUGGCAUCCGUGCGAGCAAGGACAGCUACAAACGUCAUUUCAGGAAAUUGAAACUGCGUAAGACCAACAAUCGCGAUUUCUACGUCUGGGCCAACCAUCACAUUGAAAAGCGCAGUCAUGCGAAUCCCAAGAAGAAGACCCAGAUCCUCUUGAACGGAAAAGCGAUCGAUGAGAAAACUAUCCAGAAGAAUAUCCCGCGGCAGGUGUUGACUUAUGAUCAAGCACGCGCAGCAGAUCAGUCAUCUAAACCCGGUUGA